AUGUCUGACGUUGAGGAGACUCCUGUGGAUGUCCAGGUCGAGGAGACCGCCCCUGCCCCUCAGGGUGGUGCUAUGAGCAUUGAGGAUGCUCUCCAGCAGGUGCUGAAGAAGGCCCUCGUGCACGAUGGUCUGGCCCGUGGUCUGCGUGAGGCGGCCAAGGCUCUGGACCGUCGCCAGGCCCACCUUUGUGUGCUGUGCGAGACCUGCAACGAGGCCGAGUACCUUAAGCUCAUUGAGGCUCUUUGCAACAAGCACGACAUCAACCUCCUGAAGGUCUCGGACCCGAAGACCCUUGGUACCUGGGCCGGUCUCUGCAAGAUCGACCGUGAGGGUAACCCCCGCAAGGUCGUCGGCUGCUCGUGUGUCGUUGUUCGCGACUACGGUGAGGACUCGGAGGGUCUGAAUGUGCUCCUCGAGUACUUCAAGAGCCAGCGCGCUUAA